CCUCUGCUUGUAUUAAAGAGGACAGUCUAGAAGUAAAUAAUGGCUUCCAAUAAGGCAGAGUUUGAAGAUGAAGAUGGAGAUGAAAAAGGAUCCAAGAACUCUUUAUUAAGUCACGAAGGAGAAGAUUACUCUCCAGAUACAAAGUAUAAACGUUCAAGAAACCUAGUUGGUUUUUGGAUUCUUGGUCUUUGCAAUAACUUUUCUUAUGUUGUGAUGCUGAGUGCUGCACAUGAUAUACUCAACCCAAGGAAUACAACAGCUUCAGCUCACCAGAAUUCAAAUGCCAGUAGCCUGUUUUCAAAUGGAUCAGCAAAUGGUUCCAGUUCUGUUGUUGAUGGUCUUGAAUGCAACCCACUAUCUACAGGGACUGUGCUGUUAGCUGAUAUUCUUCCUACUGUGUUUGUUAAAGUUACUGCUCCGUUCUACAUGAAAAAGAUAAGCUACAACAUCAGAGCCUUCGUAUGCAUCUUGUUUGCAUUUGCAAGUUUCUUCAUGAUUGCAUAUUCUCAUGUCUUGUGGAUUAGUUUAUUGGGUGUUGUAUGUGCAAGUCUUAGUAGUGGAUUGGGGGAAAUUACGAUAUUGAGUUUUUCUGCUCAUUUUGACAAGGAUGUGGUUUCUACUUGGUCCUCUGGAACAGGGGCUGCUGGUUUGUUUGGUGCUCUUUCAUAUGCUGGUUUGAUAUCAGCUGGCAUGUCACCAAGGAAUACAGUUUUAGUUAUGAACAUUGUUCCAUUUUUAUUUGGUCUCAGUUUUUGGUUUAUUUUGGAAUAUCCUUCGUACAUGAGGUACAAUGGUAAUUGUCAAACACUGUAUUUUCCAAUUGAGACCUCAAGUAAUAGAGGAGAUGAAGACACAACUAAAUACAUGAGUCUUUAUGAGAAACUUGUUAUUACAAAGUCCUUGUUGAAGUACAUGAUUCCACUUUUUCUCGUUUAUUUUGCUGAAUAUUUUAUAAAUCAAGGUCUGCAAGAGCUGAUCUAUUGGAAAGGAAUAUGGCUUACUCCUGCAGAACAAUACAGAUGGUACCAAGUUGAUUAUCAAUUUGGAGUACUGAUAUCAAGAUCAUCUGUCAACUUGUUUCCCAUCAAAAAUACAUGCUUGUUAGCAUUUUUACAGUAUGUCAACCUUGUCGUCCUCUUCUUUGAGGCAUACUUCCAUUACAUGCCAUCUGUAUGGAUAAUGUUUGCAAUCAUAUUAUUUGAGGGUUUACUUGGUGGAGCAGUGUACGUUAAUUCUUUCUACAGAAUCUCAAAAGAGGUGGCGCCAGAACACAGGGAGUUCUCUAUGGGUGUGGCCAGCAUGGCAGAUAGCUUUGGUAUCGCGCUUGCAGGAGCAUCUGCACUACCUACCCAUAAUGCAUUGUGUUCUUACUGGCGCAAGAAGCAAAGAUAGCCGUUGCUUUACCAAGUGAAAACAUGAAAGAAUGGAAUGGAAUUAAUAAAAUAAUAUCGUUUUUAAUGCAAAACAAAAAAACAAAACAAAACACAAAAAUAUUUAUAUUAUAUAGAAACCUGAACUAGUUCGUAUUGUAUACAUUCAAGGUUUUGUGCAUUCAUACAUAUCUUAUUGCGUUUAGUGAGACAAAAAAAACGCAAAUAUUACAAACGUCUCACAAACCUUUCAACACAAUCUGGUAAUGCGGUCUCCAUAACAGUCUAACAAUUUUGUUUGAUUUCAUUUCAUUCACAAGAUAACCUUAUUGAAGUAAUUAGCAUUCAGUUCUGUCUGUUUAAUUGUAAUACACAUAUGGGGUCAUACUUAUUUAGUCAAACAACGAGGUAAAUAGAAUAGUUUAUGUAGUAAUGUUCCCAGCGAGCUGUCUGCAAGUCGAUUCUUUUGAAGCACAGCCCAAAGUAGUGAAUACAUUCCUAAACUUUUACCUGGGUGUCAGAAUUUUUUAAAUUAAAAUUAAAGGAAGGUUCUUUUUC